ACAUGCUGUUGACAGAUUUCUAAUAUUUGUAAUAUUUUAGAUCCAGAUCUGUAUUUUUUUUUUUUUGCAAUUAUUUAAAAUUUUUUAAAAUAAUUGUAUGCAAUGGAAUUUGAAAAUGAAGAAGAUGAAGUUUUAGAAGAGAUACCGGUGUUUCUGUCAAAAAAUCUUCAAGAAAAUUUGUAUCUGUUUCAAUAUCCCACAAAAACACAAGUGUCGAAUUUUGAGAGCGCUGCAGUUGUAAACUGCUGUGUAAAACCUUUAAAUCAUGAAGUCAAAGUUGACUUUGCUUUAGACACGGAAUCCCCAUUCUAUGACCGUUUCAAAGGUGAACAACUGGCAUUGGCUGCCGAUGGUAAAUCACAAGCGAAGGGAGAAAGGCCGACUUUCAAAAGAGGUAUUAUGGACAAACAAGCAUUUGUAAGUUCCACAUCAUUGGACGAUGUCAGCAAAUAUAUUGUGGGCAUAUAUACGGAUAAAGAGAUUCACCUCUCUCCGCUGACUUCUAUUCUACAGUUGAGACCCUCGUUUUCCUAUUUCGACAAGGAAGACAAACGCAACAAAGCCGAACAAAAGGCUCUUAACGAAGAGGAUGACGAUGAAGAACUGCAACAGGUCACAGUUAAAUUUGCGCGAACAGGUGGGAAAAAAGUUAAGGAGCGUCAAGGAUACGAUACCUUUGUGAAGAAGAGUGUCGAUGAGCCUUGGUGUGAGACAUAUUGGCAUUCACGUACAUCUCCAACGGCAGAGUUGGAACGUCAAAAAUUAUUUGCCACUAAUAGGCAAGGAAGUCACGCCUUAGCUUUGGACACUCCAAAAUAUGUUGAAAAACUUUUACCAGCAGAGGGCCAAGAUCAAGGCAUAGAUGCUGUUUUGCCAGCUAGAGUCAUUAGUAAGGCGAAACUAAAAUCGAUGAAUUUAAUGGAACAGCUCAAAGUUAUUCUCAAAGAUGCCAAAAUGCUUUCAUUCGAUGAUAUAAUGGACAUUUUACAAGAAAGUAUAGACCCAAAAAUUACAGCGGAACGGGUAUUAAGAACUUUGCCGCAGGUUGGCAUUUUAAUACAUGGCAACUGGGUACCACAGUCUGAAAUUCUUUACCCAAAUGAAACACUAUCCAAUGCAAAUGGUGUUAAAUCUGAACUUAUGAUAAGAGCUCGAGAUUACGUCCUGUUUCGCUUUUCCCGCACUAAUAGUCUUUAUCGUCGUCAGGUAAUUUUUGCCACCCAGCUACCGCCUGAAGAGGCUUCGGAAGUUUUACAGUCUGUUGCGAAAUUAAAUACGGAUAAAAAGUGGGAACUACUUUUGUCACCUGACACGCAGUUUGAACAACGUUAUCCCGAUCUAGUACAAAGACAAGAAAUGGUGUGGCGGGCCACUGAACAGACAUAUAAUGAAAUGGAUUAUGAAAAAUCUCCAAAAAGGGCGAGAAAAAGAUCUCAGCGAGAUUCAAAAACAUACUCCAGCACGACUUUAAUUAAUUCGGAUCCAACUACAAGUUCAACCACUACAGCCAUGUAAAUUAACAUUGUUUUUUGUAUUUUUACUACAUACUAUAGAUUUUAAAAAGAAUAAAAUAUAAAAAAUUAUAAAAAAAA